CCGUGCAGCGCCACCUACAAGUGAACGGAAGUAGACCGGUGUCUUGCCACGUUCCAAUCAAUAUCAGAAGGCGAGAAUGUUGCGGGUGGUAUUGUUCUUAAGUUGUAUUUGCCUCGCUUUUGCAGGCAAAAGAACACUCGUGUUGGUUGAUAACUGGUCAAUUAGAGAAACGCACUCAGUGUUUUUCCGAAAUCUGAGAGACAAAGGAUUUGAGCUGACCUUCAAGACAGCAGAUGAUUCCAGCCUGGCCCUAGUGAAGUAUGGAGAGUUCUUGUAUGACAACCUGAUUCUCUUUUCCCCAUCUGUUGAAGAGUUUGGUGGAUCUAUUGAUGUUGCAGCCAUCACCAAUUUCAUUGAUGGAGGAGGAAAUGUCUUGGUUGCAGCCAGCUCAGACAUAGGUGACCCAAUUCGUGAACUGGCCACUGAGUGUGGGGUGGAGUUUGACUAUGAGAAGACAGCAGUAAUUGAUCACCUGAACUUUGACGUCAAAGACCAAGGAAAGCACACAAUGGUGAUUGCUGAUUCUAAAAAUCUUCUUGAUGCUCCCUUGAUUGUUGGAUCCAAGAAUAUAAACCCUCUAUUGUACCGUGGGGUGGGAAUGGUUGCUGAUCCAGAAAACCCCCUUGUAUUGAGUGUGCUCCAUGCCUCAUCCACUGCUUACUCCUUCACUCCGGACAAACCUGUCGAUGACUAUCCACAUGCUGUUGGCAAAAAUACUCUGCUGGUGGCUGCCCUCCAGGCCAGAAACAAUGCCCGGGUUGUCUUCCUUGGUUCCCUGGACUUCUUCAGUGACGAGUUUUUCACCGCCGCUGUCCAGAAUGGAAUGACCAACAAAAAAUUCCCAACAUCAGGCAAUGAGGAUCUGUCUGUCAGCCUGGCACAGUGGGUGUUUAAGGAGAAAGGUGUACUGCGUGUUGGUGUUGUGAAACACAACAAGCAAGGGGAGAAAGAGCCACCUCAGGCCUACACUGUUUUUGACAUGGUGGAAUACUCAAUUGGAAUUGAGGAACUGAAGGAUGGUCAGUGGAAGCCAUACACUGGUCAAGAUGUCCAGUUAGAGUUUGUCCGCAUUGACCCAUUUGUCAGAACAACUCUCAAGAACUCAAAUGGCAAGUUCCAUAUCACUUUCAAGCUGCCUGAUGUGUAUGGUGUGUACAAGUUCCAAGUGGAUUACAACAGAGUGGGUUACACUCACCUGUACAGUACCACACAGGUAUCGGUGAGGCCACUACAACACACUCAGUACGAGCGAUUUAUCUACUCCGCCUAUCCUUAUUACACCAGUGCCUUCUCUAUGAUGGUGGGGGUCUGUGUAUUCAGCCUUGUAUUUCUCCACUUCAAGGAAGAACCCAAGGAAAAGAAAGAAUAACAUAGACUCUUUUUUUACUUCAAACCAAAAAUUUAUCUUAUAAACUGAGAAAUUUGUUGAUUUUUUUCACUACCCAUUUUUUUUACCAUCAAAAUUGAGUGCAAGAUGUGACUGAAGAUGCUGUCCUGUAUUGUAGAGGUUUGGAAUAAAAGAUUCAUUACGA